CUCGGACAAAGAUCGAUCGAUCGAUCGAUCCAAAGACUGCAUAAUUUCGGGUUUGAUUCGACGCGCAAGAAGACAAUCACCACCAUCAUCAUCAUCACCUGGGAGCAGUCAACAAUGGCCAACCGUUGCAGAUAGAUAACCCAUCCCCCCGAUUCGCGCCACGUGUCCUCCAUAUAUGCCCGCCUCACAUCCUCCACCAUACCCAUAUCCUUCCCUUUUCUUGCCAAUUCGCCCAAUUCUCUGAAGAACAACGAGCCAUAAUCCAACCAGCGGGACACAGUGCUUCUCGAAAUUGUAGAUAUGGCGUCGGUAGCUGCCUCGCUGGGUUCGUCUACUCUGCUUCAGUCAAUCGACGGGGGAUUCAGACCGCGAAAGCUUCAUCCAUCACUUCCUAGUUCGGUUUCUUCCUCGAGGAGAAGAUCACAAGUUGUAGUGAAGGCAUCUGCCCGGGUUGAUAAGUUCUCGAAAAGUGACAUUAUUGUCUCUCCGUCUAUUCUUUCAGCAAAUUUUGCUAAAUUAGGGGAGCAGGUGAAAGCUGUGGAGUUAGCUGGUUGUGAUUGGAUUCAUGUUGAUGUGAUGGAUGGUCGCUUUGUUCCAAAUAUUACAAUUGGGCCGCUUGUAGUUGGUGCACUACGCCCUGUUACGGAUCUGCCAUUGGAUGUGCAUUUGAUGAUUGUGGAGCCUGAGCAGCGAAUUCCUGACUUCAUAAAAGCUGGAGCCGACAUAGUUAGUGUUCACUGCGAACAAUCUUCAACCAUCCAUUUACAUCGAACGGUGAAUCAAGUUAAGAGCCUUGGUGCUAAAGCUGGAGUUGUCCUUAACCCUGCUACUUCACUGUCGGAGAUUGAGUAUGUUCUUGAUGUGGUUGAUCUGGUGCUAAUUAUGUCCGUGAACCCCGGUUUCGGUGGGCAAAGUUUCAUCGAGAGUCAAGUAAAGAAAAUAUCUGAGUUGAGAAGAAUGUGUGCCGAGAAGGGAGUGAACCCAUGGAUUGAAGUAGAUGGUGGAGUCGGUCCUGACAAUGCUUAUAAGGUAAUUGAAGCCGGAGCCAAUGCAAUAGUUGCUGGUUCUGCUGUUUUCGGCGCACCUGAUUAUGCAAAAGCUAUCAAAGGAAUCAAAACAAGCAAAAGGCCUGUUGCUGUUGGAGUUUAAUUCCUGGGAUAAAUGUUUGAUUCGAAAUCUUUGACUUAGAGAUGGAAGGCGAAGACCAAUUCGUGUGAUUUUGUUGUGAGUAUACGGUUUACUGAAUCGAUUAAAUUUCUCAGAACGGCGAGGAGCGUCGGCAAGAUGAGGUCGAUCUUAGAACAGUGUUAUUGAAAGAAGUAUCUAUAGCAGGAUCUUAUUUUUAUUAUGUUCCAUCCUCCUGGAAAACAUAUAUACAUGUUCCAGCAGGUACAUAUAUUUUAACACUCUUAUCUUGUUUGUGUACAAAAGAAUGUAAAUCUUGACAUUCAUAUGAAGUCCAGAGGAUUUGGAUUUCAUAGUUAGUUAGUUCUAAAUUAAAUGGAUUUGAAUUAUCUGUUA